AUGGCUAAGGAGAGCAAGAAUCUUGUCGUAUUGGGCGGCUCUUACGGGGGCGUGUCCGUCGCGCACUACCUUCUCAAACAUGUUGUUCCUCAGCUGCCCGACAAGGCUAGCUAUCAGGUCGUCCUUGUCAGCACCUCGUCGGAGGUCAUUUGUCGCCCAGCAACCCCUCGCGCAUUGAUCUCAGACGAUAUGUUUCCCCAGGACAAGCUCUUCGUCAGCGUACCAAAGCAAUUCGAGCAGUACCCGAGCGGUUUCCGGUUUAUUAAAGGCACCGCGACGGCACUCGACCACAGCGAUCGCCAUGUCACUGUGAUCCUCAAGGGCGGCAACACCGAGCAGAUCGAUUACCAUGCGCUUAUCAUUGCCACAGGCGCAUCCACUGCAUCGCCUCUACUAUCACUGAACCGCGACUCUGAAUCCCUGCGCGAUAGCUGGAAAUCAUUCCGCACAGCUCUCCCGAAUGCCAAAAGCAUUGUCAUUGCGGGUGGAGGCCCAGCCGGUGUCGAGACAGCUGGAGAGCUAGGUGAAUAUCUAAACGGUCGCUCGGGCUGGUUCAGCCAUGGACAGCAGAAUCCCAAGGUCCCCAUUACCCUGGUGACAUCAGACACAAAGAUCCUCCCCGUUUUGCGACCUGCGAUCGCCAAGAAGGCCGAAGAACUCCUCGCUCAUGUUGGCGUGAAAGUUAUCAAGGGCUCUCGCGUUACGAGUGUCUCACCACCCGGCGCAGGAACCGAGGGUGCUCUGACGACCAAUGCGACAGUGACCCUGGAAGAUGGCAAAACCCUCGGAGCCGACAUUUACAUCCCAGCCACUGGCGCAAAGCCCAACACCAGCUUCAUCCACGAGUCUCUAUUGACGCCUAGGGGCCAGGUUGAGACCAAUUCGGGAACCCUGCGUGUAGACGCUGCUGGUCCACGGGUCUAUGCUGUUGGUGAUGUGGGAUCGCAUGCACGUCCUGCGGUACACAACAUCCUGAAUACGGUUCCCAUUCUGUGUGCGAAUAUUAAACGUGAUUUGCUUCUUGCCACUGGGAAGGCCGAAAGUGCCGUUGCUGCUGAUCGUAUUUUCAAGGAGGACACGCGGGAAAUGCAGCUUGUGCCAAUUGGAAAGAGCAAGGGUGUCGGCGCCGCCAUGGGCUACCAGGUGCCUAGUUGGAUGGUGUGGGCCAUCAAGGGUCGGGACUAUUGGCUAUGGACUACCGGCGGUCUGUGGAGUGGCAAGCAGUGGGCCAAGGAGUCGUGA